AUGGUAGAUCUAAAAGAGCCAACCGAUAGCAAUCAUGAGCUGGCCUAUGACUUGCUUUUGACCUUGCUCGAACACCAAUUCUCCUCACCUGUCCAAUGGAUUUCCACGCAGGAUUCAUUGCUCAAUGGAGAUCCCGAUGGACGGUUCAUCGAGAUAGGACCUGCAGACACGUUGAUGUCUAUGUUGAAGAAGACCUUCGCGCAGGGAUCGAAUGGCAUUACCGGAGAACAGAAUGCAGAAUUUUUGACGUUCAUGGAAGAAAUUGCCAGGGUACAUAAAGUACCUGAUAUGGUUUUGGAGGAGCCGACGCUGCCAUCACAGGACAUCGGGGUAUCUGGGACAGAGGCGGUGGAGCCGAUCAAGGCCGACGAACCCAUCAAAGCUGCCAUCGCAACUAAUACAGAGAUUAACGUGACGACGGCUCGCCAGAUUUCCGAAAUCGAUGAUGUGCCUCCUCUAGCAUCAGAAGCCCUGCUAGCUAUUGUAGCUUCCGCACUCAAAGCUUCGAGGGCAAGUAUCGAUACAGCUAACUCCAUCAAGUUACUAGCAAGGGGACGGUCAGCACUCCAAAACGAGAUCAUUGGAAACUUGGUCACAGAGUUCGAGCAGCUCCCAGAUGCGGUGGAAGAAAUCCCUUUGGUCGAGCUUAGCCAGGACUUGCAGAGGACUUUCAGUGGCAAGCUCGGUCUAUAUUUGAACGAAUGGCUUGGCAAAAAGAUAUCAGCCAAACUCGCCCCAGGGUUUACACUCUCCAAAUUGCGCAAUCAUCUCAGAGAUUCCUUCGGCCUGAAAGAAGGUCACCAAAAUUCGUUCUUUUUGACUGCUGAUUUCGAUGAGAUUACCACUCGCUUGCCAGAUGAUGGGAAAUCAUGGGAUGCUGUUAAUCGUUGGACACAUUUGUAUAUGAAAGCACGUGGUUUGGAACACGCAUUGACUCAAGCUGUGACGGAGGACCGGGGUCAACCGGCUAUGCAGCAAGAUACCACCAGUCCUCAGCUGGCUAAGUUCGGCCAAGACCUUGCCCACUUAAUGGCGAAGCAUUUCACACCCCCAGAGUCGGGUACGGAGACAGAGACAAAGCUUCAACAAAAUCAAGAGCACGACCGGAAAAUAGAGUAUAAGAUCAAUCAGCUUUCGAUGGAGCUUGGACCCGAGUUCAUCUCAGGCGUGGAGCCAUAUUUCUGCCCUGAAUUAGUCCACCGGUAUCAGUCUAGCUGGAACUGGGCAGUUCAAGAUCUAUACGUGACUUUGUCGAAGAUCAUAACAGGCUCCACGGAGAUGUGUGGAGAGCCAGAGCUGCAAGAAUGGAUCGAAAAGUCAGUGGAUCGACUUCAAAGUCGAUCCACUGAUCGGCUCCGGCGAUGCGCCGAGUACUUGCACCACAAAUGGGAGCAACUGCCACAGACGCCCGAGAGAGAUGGCUGUCUCCUACUGCUGCGUCCACUGGUAGAAGACAUCGAAAGUCCCUCAUCAGGCUCUGGGUCAACGAGAAGGGAUGAGGAUUCUGUCGACGGGGAUUCAAGUGAUCCUCCAAGCUCGUAUCCGAGCCUACCUAACAAAGAGGCAUUCACCCCAUCAGCUUCUUCAUUGUCUAUUGUGCAGAGUCCCAUUAGAGUGUCUGUGAAAGAUCAGAAUGGUGCAUGGACGACUGACAUUUAUUUGACAAACCGCCUUCAUGAGGUUGAGACAAGCCCACACUCGAAGCCGAUGACCGGGACUGUUCUGGUAAUUGGCGCAGGAAAACAAUCUAUUGGCUUUGUUCUCGUGAAACAGCUACUCAGAGCUGGGUCGCGUGUCGCUCUUUGUACCACUCGAAUGACACCAAGUACCAGGAGGCUUUACUCCCGAGUAUAUGCUGAGGAGGCACGAGCAGGAGCUGAGUUGGUUCUGCUACCAUUCAAUCAAGGAAGCGUGCAGGAUAUCACAAAACUGGUUGACUAUAUUCACAGCGACAUGGGAUGGGAAGUGGACCACCUGGUACCCUUUGCAGCAAUAUCAGAGAUUGGAAAGACUCUCGAGGACCUAGAUUCUCAGUCGGAGCUCGCACACCGUAUAAUGCUCACAAAUACACUUCGAUUGAUAGGUGCAAUUGUGAGCUCUAAGCGAGACCGACAUGUGUUGAACCAUUCCACACAGGUUCUGCUGCCACUGUCACCAAACCACGGUCAAAUCGGCGGAGAUGGGCUGUAUGCUGAGUCCAAGUUGGGUCUAGAAGCACUUUUGAACAAGUGGUCUUCCGAGCAAUGGUCAGAUGCAGUGUCCCUAUGCGGUGUCCAGAUAGGUUGGACAAGAGGCACUGGCCUGAUGGAAGCUAAUGAUAUCCUGGCCAAUGAUAUUGAAAAGCUGGGAGUCCGAACAUUUGCAGCAGAGGAAAUGGCAUCGCUUCUCACCAUGGUGAUGGAGCCUGCUUUAUUCGAGGCGUGUAGUGUACAGCCCCUCCUUUGUGAUUUCAGCGGUGGACUGCAGACGCUUCCAGACUUGAAGGCAUGCAUGGAUUCCGCGCGUUUGAGAAUUCAGACAGACGCCACAAUCAAACAGCGAAUACAGCAGGAGAUUACACAUGACCAAAUCUCCUCGAAAGCAGACACACAUCUUAACAAGCCACCCGCGCCCCAAGAACCUAGGGCAAGGCCCCGAAACGAUUAUCCUGAACUCCCAGAGUGCUACAAUGAGCAAGUCCCCCCUGACCUGUAUAGGUUGGAGGGCCUUGUUGACCUGGAUUCCAUGGUCGUGAUCACCGGAUUUGCAGAAAUCGGCCCAAUGGGUAGUUCCCGGACGCGCUGGGAAAUGGAGGCUGAAGGCGUAUUCUCUAUGGAAGGGUGCAUCGAGCUCGCUUGGAUGACUGGAAUGAUCAAAUAUGAGCGCCAUCGCAUCCACAACGGAAACAAUGUUGGUGCUGGGUGGAUUGAGUGCGAGUCGGGUGAGCCGAUCAGUGAUCUUGACGUGAAAUCCAAGCUGGAAGGCAAAAUUCGCGAGCAUACCGGAAUCCGCAUUCUUGACCUAGAUGACCACUGCAACCCCAACCCCAGGUUACGAAACAUGCUGCACGAAGUCGGUACCCAAGAAGAGCUACCACCAUUCGAGUGUUCCUCGCAAGCAGCAGAAGGUUUCAAAGCCCGACAUGGAGACGCUGUCGAAAUUUUGCAGGAUGAUGGGACUACAGCCACCGUGAAAAUCCGACGUGGGGCAUCCAUCUUCAUCCCCAAGGCACUGAACACGGAUUAUUUCGUGGGGGCUCAAAUUCCAACUGGCUGGGACCCCGCAAUAUAUGGUAUUCCUCCUGAGAUAUUGGCCCAGGCCGAUCGACCUUCGCUCUUUGCAUUGGUAUGCACCGCAGAAGCCUUCCUUGGUGCUGGAAUCACAGAUGUAUACGAAUUGUACAAAUACAUCCAUGUUUCCGAAGUUGGCAACUGCAUUUCCUCUGGUUCCGGUGGACUUACAGCCUUUCAGGCAUUGCAUGAGCAUCGCAUGUUGGGUAGGGAGGUUCAGCAAGACAUUCUUUCUGAGAUUUUCAUUGGAACAGCUGGCGCUUGGGUGAAUCUCCUUCUUCUCUCUGCAUCUGGUCCCUUGAAAACUGCUGCUGGAACCUGUGCAUCAUCCCUUGAGUCGGUGGACACUGCAUGUGAGCUUAUCAGCAGUGGCAGAUCCAAUGUUUGUAUUGCGGGUGGUUACGAGGUCUUUACCCGACCUAUUUACUAUGAGUUCGGCAACAUGACAGCCAUCAUAAACUCGGCUCAAGACUCAAAGCGUGGAAGAGAGCCGAGCGAGAUGUCGCGUCCAUUCACUUCCACUCGGAAUGGCUUCGUCCUCAGUGAAGGAAUCGGCCUCCAAGUAUUAACGAGUGCAUCCUUGGCUUUGGAAAUGGGAUUGCCCAUAUAUGGAGUUAUCGCUAUGUCGCACAUGGCAGCGGACAAGAUAGGGCGAUCGAUCCCAGCACCGGGCCAGGGUAUCCUCACAGCGGCCAAGCAAUGUGGAUCACCUGGCUUGUCUAUGAAUCCAACACUGCGUGCCAAGCGAAUUCGCACAUCGCUAGGCCAUAUUGAACGCCAGGCUCAGGCAGACAUGGAUGCCUUGCGGGAAGAAAUCAGCUUCAUGGAGUCCAGGGGAGAACCUGUCUGCGCCGAAGCGAUGGAAACACGACUCCGGGGACUCCAGGAGGAGGUGGCUUUCGAGAAAAAGACUGUACUACGUGAAUUGGGUAACAACUACUGGCGAAACAAGCCCAACAUUUCACCCAUUGCAGGAGGGUUAUCGGUUUUUGGUCUUUCUGUGGAUGAUAUUACCUUUGUCAGUAUGCACGGGACAGCCACGAAACUGAAUGACAAGAACGAAUGUGCGACCCUGGAGGCGCAAAUGCAACAUCUCGGGCGACACCCUGGGAACCCGAUGUAUACCAUUGCUCAGAAGUCUGUUGUGGGCCACGGGCUGGGAGCUUCGGGUUCUUGGGCGUUGAACGGGGCCCUCCAGGCUCUACAUUCGGGUAUCAUCCCCGGGAAUCGGAAUGCAGAUGAUAUCGAUCCUGUUCUACAGGAUUUCGAGGGGCUUCUCUUGACAAAUGAGAACAUCAAGCUCCGUGUAUCUGACAUGAAAGCUUUCUGUGUCGAAUCUUUUGGGUUUGGGCAGAAGAGUGCACAAGUAAUUGUUGUGCACCCGCGCUAUCUAUAUUCAGCUAUCUCGGAGAAGUCGUAUCAAGAGUAUCGCAAGAAACAGAUUGGGAGGGCAAGGAUCGCUGCCAGGGAACUUGAUCGCGGACUUCACGGCCAAGGCAUGUUCAAGGCAAAGGAGGAGACGCCAUACGUGGGUGAUGAGCAUGCUUUCUUGCUCAAUCCGCUCGCUAGGACUCAGUAG